CCUCGAGGUGUCCUCGUGAGCGCGCUGUCAAUUUUCGCGAGAUUUUCCAUCUGGCAAGGCCGCAGAGUUUAACUACUAAUCAUGGCUUAUACAGCUGAAAGAAGGAAUGAGGAUGGCAAGAACGGACCGCCGGCUGAGUAUGACGGACCCACGGGAAUGGACCCGGACGGCGUGAUUGACAGCAAUUGGAACGAGGUUGUGGACAACUUCGACGACAUGAACUUGAAGGAGGAACUCCUGCGCGGAAUCUACAGUUAUGGCUUUGAGAAACCAUCGGCAAUCCAGCAGCGCGCCAUCAUGCCGUGCGUGAAGGGACACGACGUGAUCGCCCAGGCGCAGUCUGGAACUGGAAAGACGGCAACAUUCUCCAUUGCAAUUCUACAGCAGAUAAACACGCAGAACCGCGAAUGCCAGGCAUUAAUUUUGGCGCCCACGCGCGAGCUGGCAUCGCAGAUCCAGAAAGUGGUAAUCGCCCUCGGGGAUUACAUGCAGGCGCAGUGCCACGCGUGCAUCGGCGGGACGAAUGUGCGCGAGGACAUGAGGAAGCUGGACAGCGGAUCGCAUGUGGUGGUGGGAACGCCUGGGCGUGUAUUUGACAUGAUCUCGCGCCAGGUGUUGCGCACGAAGUCGAUCAAGCUGUUCGUGCUGGACGAGGCGGACGAGAUGCUGUCGCGCGGGUUCAAGGAUCAGAUUCAGGAUGUGUUCCGCACACUGCCGAAUGACGUUCAGGUGAUCCUGCUGUCCGCCACGAUGCCCAAUGACGUGCUGGAGGUGAGCAAGUACUUCAUGCGCGAGCCGGUGAGGAUUCUGGUGAAGAAGGAGGAGCUGACGCUGGAGGGCAUCAAGCAGUUCUACGUGUAUGUGCAGCACGAGGAGUGGAAGCUGGGCACGCUGUGCGACCUGUACAACACUCUCUCCAUCACACAGUCCGUCAUCUUCUGCAACACGCGACGCAAGGUGGACUAUCUGACUGAGGAGAUGACCAAGAAGACGUUCACCGUGUCGGCGAUGCACGGCGACAUGGAUCAGCGCGAGCGUGAGCUGAUCAUGAAGCAGUUCAGGACUGGGUCGUCGCGCGUCCUCAUCACCACGGAUCUGCUGUCGCGGGGCAUCGAUGUGCAGCAGGUGUCAUUAGUUAUCAAUUAUGAUUUGCCAUCCAAUCGUGAAAAUUACAUUCAUCGAAUUGGACGCAGCGGUCGUUUUGGGCGCAAAGGUGUGGCAAUUAAUUUCAUUGUUGAAGAGGACAAGCGAACUCUUCGCGACAUCGAACAAUUCUACAACACAACCAUUGAGGAAAUGCCAUCAAAUGUGGCAGAUUUGAUCUAAUCUCGCUAUCCUUUCAUCUAAUUUCAUCACCCACACUUUUUUUGUCUUAUCGAGAAUGAAUGAAGAAGAAAUAAUACUAUAACUUCUGAACGCAUCCCAGGUAAUGCAGAAAGAAUUUAAUGAUACGUAAAUUUGAAGGCUUAUUUUUUGGUAGAAUUUUCUUUGCCAACAGAAUAAUGCGACAGAGCUGCAAAUUAAUGAUUUUCACAAUGAAAUAUUUCAUGUUGUGGAGAGAAGAGAAAGAGAGAGAGAGAAGUUUGUUUUCUGUAUUUGAUUUGUUUGUUCUAUAAUAUUGAGAGUCACGGAGAAGUAAUGCAAUUUUAAUCAUGAUUUUAAUUGUGUUUUCUGACAUGUCUUUUUUAUCGAUAAAAAAGAAAGAGAGACCUAAAUAGAAUUUGAGGAUUAAAGCAAAGAGAAAUAUAACAUUGUAUCUUGCACUCAAGAAACUAUUACCAAGAGAGUAUGGAAUUUAAUUUAAUAAUGAACAAAAUGAUUAUAAUGGAAGUGAAUUUCUUUUGUAUUCCAAAUAAGAUUGUAAGCGAAAUUUGAUGUAGAUUCUAUUAUAAUUAAAAGAAGCAGAAUAUCUUUUAAAAACUAAUCUUGAGGGCAUUAAACAUUUUGAGAUUUCAUGUGAAAA